AUGAAGCCCCUGAUGCCUUUCUGUUUUGCCCAUGAUGAAGCUCAACUUCUGAGGCUUGGUGUUGACAGUAACUUAGCAUGGUUUGAGACUUUAGCUUGUAUGUGCUUGGUUCAGUAUGUUAUGGUGAGGCAAGUUUGGAUAUCAGCAUGUGGAGUUUUUGUUGUGUUGUUUUGGAUAUGGUUAUGGCAUUGUCACAAGUCACAAGUCACUCCCCCUUCUUCCUCACAUCGAUUCAACAGCUUUCAGAUGGAUUGGGAAGGGCAAAAGCUAGCAGAGCAACUAAUGCAGAUAAUGCUGCUUGCAUUUGCUGUGAUUGCAUUUGGAGCUGGAUAUCUCCUGGCUUCUUUCCAAACAAUGAUUCUCACAUAUGCUGGUGGUGUAGUUGUCACCACAUUAGUUACUCUUCCAAAUUGGCCAUUUUUCAACAAACAUCCUCUUAAGUGGUUGGAUCCAAGUGAGGCGGAAAAACAUCCCAAGCCACAACCAUCUCUGAAUGUGACUGCAAAAAAGAAAUCCGUCAAAAAGUAG